CAGCGAAGCCUCUCUCACUGUUCGGUUUCUCGCUCCCUCCCCCAAUUCAUCCGAGCCGCAUAUCUAGUGCCUUUGAGCAGCCUCAGCAACAAACGGAUAAACACUCCGUUUCCGCUUUCGAAGAGCUGCCGCAGAUUCAAGCAGCUGCUCAGCUUCAGCUUCCGUCCUUACCCCACGUCGCCGCCUCUUCUUCACAAGCUCUAUAAGCCAAGAUGGAUCACCGUCCGCAAGCAUGGGGUCGACCGAGAGAUGACGUUUACGGCGCCUACGACCACUCCUACAUGCAGGACAAUGGGCCCAAGCAGAACACUCAGCAGCCCAUUGUCACUGGUACUUCAGUAAUAGGCAUCAAGUUCAAGGACGGCGUCGUCAUGGCGGCUGAUAACCUGGCAUCCUACGGCUCUCUCGCCCGCUUCACCGACGUCAAGCGUCUCCGCACCUUCGCCGACUCCUCCAUCGUCGGCUUCAGCGGCGACAUCUCCGACAUGCAGUACCUCGACCGCCACCUCAUCGACCUCUCCCUCUCCGAGGCCUACGAGUCCCCCGACACGCCCCGCCUCAACGCCGCCAACCUCCACCGAUACCUCUCCAAGCUCCUCUACAACCGCCGCUCCAAGUUCGACCCGCUCUGGAACCACCUCCUCAUCGGCGGCCUCGACGACAACGGCGAGCCCUUCCUCGCCGCCGCCGACCUCCUCGGCAGCACUUACUCCGCCCCUUCCCUGGCCACGGGUUUCGGCGCCAUGCUGGCCCAGCCAAUCAUGAGACGCUAUGUCCCUGAUGAAGAGUCGGCCAAGAAGCUCUCCCGCGAGGAGGCCAUCAACAUUGUCAAGGAGGCUAUGAAAGUGCUCUUUUACCGUGAUGCUCGAAGUCUGGACUCUUACUCAUUAGCUGUUGUGACCAAGGACGGCGUCGAGCUCAAGCAGGACGAGAAGCUAGAGGAUCAAAGCUGGGCGUUUGCGGAUAGAAUCAAGGGCUAUGGCACUCAGACAGUCUAAAGUCAGGGGGUUAGUUACUAAGACAUAAUUGCGGCCUAUUCUGUUUUUAUAGUGCAAAGAAAUGAAAAAAGA